AUGAUCGUCCUCACAGGCACAACCGGCCAUCUCGGUUCUCGGGUCAUCGACUCCAUUCUCCGCCUGCGACUCAUUCCACCCUCCAAACUUAUCAUCUCCUCCAGCGACCCCAGCAAAGUGUCUGCGGCGGCACGAGAGGCCGGUAUUGAAAUUCGUCAUGGCGACUUCACGUCUCCGGACUCACUCGCCUCGUCGUUCAAAGGGGCGGAUGCGUUGUUCCUCGUGUCUUUCCCCUCGCCCAGCGUGGACCGGUGGCUUCACCAUCGAGCGGCCAUCGACGCGGCCAAGGCGGCGGGGAUCAAAACGGUGAUUUACACCAGCCUGAUGUUUGGCGGCAAGACGGGAAUGGAGAGCGUCGCGGGCGUGCAGCAGGCGCACAUCCAGACCAUCGAGUAUCUGACGCAGAGCGGGCUGCAGUACGUGGUGGUGAGAGAAGGCAUCUACGCGGAGAGCUGGUGGCUGUACGCCGGGUACCAGUCUCAGAGUUUUAAAAAGGGCGAUUCGAGCGAGAUUCGCUUCGUCAUCCCCAACGACGGACCGGUCGCGUGGGUGUCGUGGGACGACUUGGGCGAAGCCACCGCAAAGAUUGUCCAACACUAUGAGAGAUAUCUCGGCCAGACGCUCAACCUCACCGGCCCGCGAACCACCACUCUCCGCGACAUUGCGAAGCUGGUGCAACGAUACACAGGGCGGAAUGUCACGGUUGAGAUCGUGGGGCGAAAGGCGGCGGAACGAUAUCACAAGUACGAAAAGAAGAGCCUACCGGAGGACAGGUUCUGGGCCAUUGAGAGCUGGGCUGGGUGGCACGACGCAAUUGCACAGGGCGAGACGGCGACCAUUGACCCCUUGAUCGGCGAGCUGUUGGGCAGACAACCCAAGGGCAUCGAGGAGAUCGCAGAGACGUUGUUCACACCAGAAUGA